GCCGGGCGGCUUGCACAGCAGCAGCACACACUCACACGUAAAGGCACACGCGCACGUGCACGCGCGCAGGGUGGAUUCGGACAUGGAGCACUCGUCUUCAGCCCGUAGCGGGAGUAUCUGUAGAUAUUUCAUAAAUGGCUCAUGCCGAUAUGGCUCAACGUGCAAUUAUCGACACGAGUAUCCCGCUGCGCCGUCAUCUCAAAUAUGUAGGUACUUUCAGAAAGGUGGAUGCUGGUAUGGUGAACGUUGCAGGUACAUCCAUGUCCCUCAACCGGAACGUAGUGCGGAUGGUGCAGGUCGAAGAGGGGCUGUACCAACAGUCUUCCUCUCAUCAUCCUCCUCCUCUUCAUCUUCCUCAUCUUCCUCGUCUUCACUCUCCUCCAUGGUCCAACCGCCAGCUGACCGGAGGGGGUCAGCAAUGUCUGCGAUGACAUCGAGGCGGGAGCGUGGCACUUCACACACUGGGAACUUUAGCGCUGGGGAACACUCGCAAUAUGCUGCUUCCCGAGCAUCACCUAAGAACUCAGGACGGUCAUCUGCACAUGAUAGCAAAGAGACAUUUGGACAGGAGAGCACCACCCAGGCCACUGACGAUGCGGGUGCUGCUGCAGCCUGUAGUUCCAACAGAACGUCGGAGGCUUUCCUCAAGAGUCGAGAUGUCACCUGCGGCAUUUGCAUGGACAAGGUGUAUGAAAAGAUGGAUCCCAGAAACCAGAUGUUUGGAAUCUUGCCCAACUGCAGUCAUGCCUUCUGCCUGCAAUGCAUCAUGACCUGGAGGAAAACAAAGGACCUCGGGCCAGAUGUUGUGAAGACCUGCCCACAGUGCAGGGUGAGAUCAGCUUUCUAUGUGCCCAACAAAUACUGGGUUGAAGGUCAAGCCAAGGAACGUCUAAUCGCCGACUUCAAAGAGAAAUUCAGUAAACAAAGCUGCAGUUACUAUGCACGAUACAAAUGCUGCCCCUUCAAGACGGAGUGCCUUUACCGGCAUGACAAAUCUGCACGACGUGGCUCAUUUCUGUGCAACACAGAUGAUGACGACGAUGAUGACGAUGAUGACUAUGAUGGCGUUGACCUGCUCAAUUUCUUCAUAGCCAUGACUCUUCUUGGUGCUGAUGACGACGACGGUGACGACAGCGACAGUGAAUUUGACAUUCCUUUUUACCUUGCAGAGUACGGUUUCUGAUCUCUUUUCUUUUCUCAGUGUUUGAACCACUGAAAUAGGCCAGAAAGAAUUGUCACUGCAGUUGUAAAAACACAACUGUUCCUGCCCUUGGGCCAGUAUUACAAUUUAUGGCGUAGGCAAGGGUAUUAGCCAUGUACUAUGCAGGGUUAUGUGAGGCCGAACUAGUGCAGGUGAUUUCACUGACCUGCUUCAACCAGAGGAACUAAUCUGAACUGACCUGCUGCAGUGGACUGUUAAAAAUGAAUUGUGCACAUGUUCCUCCUCCAAAGUAAUGCAAGUUGUCUUGACAGGACAAGUCUAACAAAUUCUAAGGAUUGUGUUUCCAUUAUGCCUCCCCUCCACCCCCACUUUUUUUUUUUUUUAAUACAUAUAGAACUUCCUGCAGCCAUAGUGAUUCAAACAUUGACAAAGAUUGUACAUUUUCUUCUAUACCUCUUGUUAGAUUUGAGUGCUCAGAACUGAAUAUUUGAUAUAUGGGUAUUUUAAAGUGGUGUGUGUGAAUGGUCUUUUAAUUGUCUAAAGAUUAAAAAAAAAAAAGUGUACUGUACCCCUUUAUGGUUUUCUAGUGAGGAUUCCUGCCUUGAUUUAAUCAUGACACCGUUCCCUAGUUUCGGCGUAACCCUUGAGAUGUUAGUUUUUUAUUUCUUUUAAAACAUGAUGUACUCGUACACUGAAAAUAAACCUUGCUUCACAUU